ACCUAAAUCAAAAUUAUUUUAUCGUAGAUUGACCGGGGAUUAGUGAAUUGUUAUCUUAUAAGACGGAUAGUAUAAUUAAUUACGCAAAUUCAACAUAUUGUUGCUAAGUAGGUAAUUGAUGAAUGAGUGUAGACCGGAAUUUACAUAAUAAUUACUUUUAUAAUCAUCAAUUUACUUUUCAUUGUUUUUUUUUUGUUCAACAUUGACAUUGCACAGACUAUAUCACAUAAGGUGUUUUCGAAAUUCUUCAUUCAGCCAGAGUAACAAGAAAAUGUCCGUGAACAAGGUAGCAGUAGUUACCGGAGCAAAUAAAGGACUUGGGUACUCCAUCGUCAAAAAACUUUGUGAGAAGUAUAGCGGGAAGGUUUAUCUAACUUCGAGAGAUGAACGCAGAGGAGAAACAGCGUGUGAUGAGUUGAAGAAAUUAGGACUCAAUCCAUCCUUUCAUCAAUUAGACGUCAGUGAUAAGGAGAGUGUAAACAAUUUUGUGAAACACAUUCGUGAACAAAACGAAGAAGUCGAAAUAUUGAUAAACAAUGCUGGAAUUCUAUUUUUGAAAGACGCGCCGGAACCAAAGACUUUUCAAGCGGAACAAACUGUUUUCGUAAAUUUCACCGCAUUGGUCGAUUUUACGGAAGCCAUCUUGCCAUUUGUGAAAAAUGGCGGGAGAAUCGUGAAUAUUACCAGUUCUUCUGGUCAUUUGUGUAGAAUACCUUCUGAAGAAUUGAGGAGGAAAUUCCAGUCAGAAACGCUGACAUUAGAAGAAUUGAAGACUUUGGUCAAUAAUUAUGUUGAAGAUGUGAAACAGGAUCAAGAAAUCAAAGAAUGGGGUGAUUCUCCAUACGUGGUUUCAAAAGUUGCAGUGAAUGCCUACACGUUUAUGCUACAUCGUAGAUUAGCUCCAAAAGGUAUCACUGUGAACUGCGUUCAUCCAGGAUAUGUGAUGUCUGACAUGACGCGCGGUGGCGGGUCAAUCACCCCGGACGACGCGGCCGACGUGCCAGUCCGAUUGGCCUUGACCCCGUGGGGCGCCGGCCUAUAUGUCUGGCACAACGGUACCGUGGUGCCAUGGGACGGGCCAGACCCUCGCGCUUAUAUUGAUGGACGAAAAGUAUAGUUAAAAAAAUUGGUAUGAAUAUACUUUCUCUUUAGUUCACACCUGCCGAUGAGUCAGUACUAAAAGUGUUUGACAGUGUCUUAUUUUUAUCGCACACCUGUUACUUGUCUUUAUUUUUAUCCAAUGCAUCUCUUCAGUGCCUUGUUUGUGAUAAAAAGAUAAGGAUUGUCAUUAAAAGAAUGAAUGUAUAA